AUGAGAAUUCCUUACAAAUUACAGAUCUUUAUGUGGAAGGUUAUACGUAAUGCACUUCCUGUGAAAGCGAAUUUUCACAUAACAACUGCAGAUGAUAAUAUGUGUGUCCUGUGUAAUACUCAGCAAAUAGAAGAUAUCAAUCACCUUUUAUUUUCCUGUCUAUUUGCUAAUGCAAUAUGGAAAAAUUGUCUACCUCAGCACUUUAAUUAUGUUCAACAGUUUUCUACUCUUCAGGAAUGGAUUGCUUCGUGGCCAACAGAUUCGAUCAUCAACUUUACUUCAGACACUCCUUCUUUACAUGGAAUGAUUGCAACUAUUUUGCAUAUAUGGAAAUAUAGGUGUAAAGUUCAAUUUCAGCAAGAAACUGUUAACCCUAACUCUGCUUUACUGCCUCUUUUUAAGUAUCUCGCUGAUAUUGUCAACAUUACUCAUGCAUCACAUACUAUACAUCAUGUAGAGCAUGUAUGUCAUUGGAGUCCUCCUCCACCAGACUCUUUAAAAAUCAAUGUGGAUGCUUCUUUUCAUAAGCCUUUUCAUGUGGCUGGAAUUGUUAUGUUAACAAGAAAUUCUACAGGCUCUUAUGUUGCAGGAAAAGGAGUUCUUAGAAGAGUGAAUCAUGUUCAUCUAGAUGAAAGUUGGGCCUUACUAGAAGCUAUGCACUGGGCAAUACAAAACAACUGGAACAAAGUCAUCUUUGAGUCUGACUGUAAGAAUGUAGUUUUACCUGUAAAUGAAGGUUUGCUUCCCUACUGGCAAUCUUCUCCUCUGUUAAAUAAGUGUGUUAAGAUGUGUAAUAGUCAUAACAGCUGGUUCUGUGUGUAUGUCCCUAGAGUAUGUAAUAAGGCGGUAGAUUGUUUGGCUAAAUCUGUCCUUAGAAGUUAUAAUCCUGGAGAAUGGUGGUUUGUUCCAUCAACAACUCUCUAUGUAAAACUAGCUAAUGAUGUAUCCUAA